AUGUCCACUCCUACCAAGCUCAUCGCGGAGCUGGCCAAACUCCCCAAGUUCUUUGAGGAGCAGAAGCAGUGCAACCUCGACUCGGAUGCCAUGUCUGAGUUGAUGCGCGCGCAGGCAACGUGCAUCAGCGCAAAGAUCAAGUCGCUCAUUGAGUGCGACUUACGAUCCGCAACGGAGUUGACUAAGGCCGUCCACGGCGUCGGGUGGGACAAGGAGACAACGGCUAAGUUGGCUACGCUGGUGAACGAGAUGAAGAACCAGCUCGAGGAUGGGAACCCUAACGCAAGGCGGCCGAACCAAAAGUGCUCAUCAUUCAACAUGUACUUGACUGAUAUCGAGUACACGACCCUCGCGGACAGCAUGACGCCUUGGUCUGCUAAGUUCGCAGUUGUGAAAAAGAGGUGCUUCUUCAUCGGGCUCCUCCUGCCGAGUGAGAAGACGAAAGGGCACAUCUUGGAGUGCAUCUAUGUGGCCAACGGGCUGCCGCUGGAGAAGGGGAAAGAUUGGUUCGCCCAUUUGAAUAACAUCAAAGAGGCGCUUGCGCCGCUGGGCACUGUCAAGUACCCAUUUGAGUUUAUGACAGAGUUUCCGCUUUCGCCCAAGGAUCUCCCGAGUGAAACCUACAAGCAUGCAUACGAGACGGACCCGCCGUCGAUGAAGGAGUACCGCGAGCUGACGUUCGGAACAUCGCAGCUGGCCCUCAAUAAGAAGAGCCCGCCCAUGCUGAACCUGCGCGCUCCAUCCGCAACCGACCCCAAUCAGUUCAUGGCGGAAGCCUGCAGGCAGAUCGGCGCCCAGAUGCUCCUGCAGGGCAUGAUGAAGGGUCUCCCUAGCACGAGUGCAGGCAUGGACCCGUAUAACAUGCUGCACGCUGGACAAUUCCCCAUGGCUCCCCCAGCUGUCGACGAGAGGGCUGGCGCCUGCGCCGACGACAGCGAUGCGAGCGAGGAAUCUGCUGCGGGGCGCUUGCGCACGAAGGCGACAGGCAAGGGCAAAGCGGCUGGCCGCAUGCCGCGCCCCGCAGCUUCGGCCGCCGCUGCAAAGCGCCCCGCAUCGGCCGCCCCUUCGUCGGGCGACGCCGAUCCGCCACCGAUGAAGAAGGCGAAAGAGGCCAAGAAGGGCGGCGUCACAGAGAGUGAUUUGCCAAAGGGCUCCAAGCUCAAUCUGAAGGAGUUUCUCUCCAAGAGGGUCGCAGCAAAAUACCCGUCCAAGGGCGCAUGCACCUCCAAGCUAUACACGGAGGGUGGGAAGCAGGCCAGGGAUGAAAAGUUGAGCUCGGACGAUGUGAAGCUCGCCCAGAAGGUCGCGUACGGCAUUGGCUCAUCUUUCUGGGUCAACAGUGGCUUGUAG